GGAUACAAUGCGCAUUUUUUACAUGAACUUUCAGACGAAUAUGAAUGUCCUGUAUGCAAAAUGGCUCUUUGUAAACCUCUCUUAACAGUGUGUGGUCACCGUUUUUGCUUGUCGUGCUCAGAAGAAAUGAGAAAAAGAAAUAAUGGAGUUUUAAAAUGCCCAUUAGACAAUAAUAUAUUAAAUUCUAAAGAGAUAUUUCUCGAUAGAGCUAUCGAAAGAGUUAUUCUGGGUUUAAAAGUAAAAUGUAAUAACUUUUUAAAAAAUUGUCAUUGGACCGGAGAGCUAAGAACGAUUAAUAAUCACUUAACAUCAUGUGAAUAUCAAGAAAAAAAGUGCUUUAAUUGUGCUACUUCACUUUUGCGCAAAGAUAUAAGUCUUCACAUGAAAGUAAAAUGCAUUUAUCGUUUGAUUUUGUGUCAACACUGCAAUCAAGAAAUGCUAUUUAGUGAGAUGCAAGCUCACUUGGAAAGAUGCGAGUGUUUGCAACUUUAUUGUGUAAAUCAAUGUGGCAUGAAAAUUGUCCGGAAAGAGAUGUCAACCCAUAUCAUGGAUAGCUGCGCUAAUACAAUUAUUCCUUGUCAAUACAAGAUCAUUGGAUGCAUUUUCAAGGGAAUGAGAAAAGAUUAUAAUACUCACGUCAGCUCUUCAUCACAAAUUCAUCUCUCAAUGGCAUUAUCAAAAGUAUAUGAACUUCAAAACAAUGAGGAAGUAUUGGAAGGAAGAAUCCUUCAUCUCAAAUAUAAUAUGGAAACGAGGGAAAAACAUGAUGCUCAAAUCAUUUUUUCAAGAGAAAAGCAGCUUUCAAAAGCCAAAAAAAAAGUACUUGAACUUCAAAAUGAAAUAAUACAAAUUGAGGAAAAAAUGCUCAAUAAUAAAAUGACUGAAAAACUUAAUACAGAAGACAAGAAGACUCUCUCUGCAAGAGAAACGGAACCUCCUGAAUAUGAAAAUCAAGAAGAAACACAAAAAGCUACGCCAAUUUGCAGGCACGGUGUCAUAGAUGGUUGCGUAAAAUGCCGGACAAAUGUAUUAGAUUCUAAAAAAGAAGUAAAGAAGAACAAUUGUUAUCAAUCUUAGAGAAGACAAUAAGAAAUUUAAAUAGAAAUGGGUAAUUUGUGCGCUCAUAGUUAUAAACAUAUAAUUUUUAAAUUGAAAAACAUAAACAGUUUAGAGUGA